AUGAAGUUCGGUGCUCUAAUUCUUGCCUCUCUUGGUGUCGCCCAAGCCUUUGUCACUCCCCAUGGCCCCUCGCCUGCCUUCCAUUCUUCCAGCAGUAGUUUGAAUGCCAAGAUUGCCGAGAAUAUCUUGGAAUUGAUUGGCAACACGCCUUUGGUCAAACUCAACAAGCUUGCAGAAGGCUGUGGCGCCGAAAUUGUCUGCAAGUUGGAGUCUUCCAACCCUGCCAACUCUGUCAAGGACCGUAUUGCUCUCAGCAUGAUCACUGAAGCCGAGAAGCGUGGUGAAAUCACUCCUGGAAAGACCAUUUUGGUGGAACCCACGUCCGGCAACACUGGUAUCGGUUUGGCCAUGGUUGCUGCUUCCAAGGGAUAUGAUUUGAUCUUGACCAUGCCUGAAAGUAUGUCCAUGGAACGUCGUGUCCUAUUGAAGGCUUUCGGCGCCAAGCUUGUCUUGACACCUGCCGCCAAGGGAAUGGGAGGUGCCAUUGCCAAGGCCGAAGAAAUUGCCCAAAAGGAAGGCGGUCUCUUGUUGCAACAAUUCAACAACCCUGACAAUCCAAAGGUCCACCGUGAGACUACCGGACCUGAAAUCUGGGCUGAUACCGAUGGAAAGGUCGAUAUCUUGAUUGGUGGAGUUGGAACUGGAGGAACCAUUACUGGAACGGGCCAAUACCUCAAGCCAUUGAAUCCUGAUCUUCAACUCAUUGCCGUCGAACCCACUGAAUCUGCUGUUCUCAGUGGUGGCAAGCCCGGUCCUCACAAGAUUCAAGGUAUUGGCGCUGGAUUCAUUCCCGGUAAUGCCGAUACUUCUCUUUUGGAUGAAGUCAUUCAAAUUUCAGGAGAAGAUGCCAUGGUCAUGGCCCGCGACAUGGCCACCAAGGAAGGAAUCUUUUGUGGUAUUUCCAGCGGAGCCGCCAUUUUGGCAGCCACUCAAGUGGCCAAGCGUCCUGAAAACAAGGGAAAGCGUAUUGUCGUUAUCAUUCCAUCCUUUGGAGAACGAUACCUGUCCACAGCUCUCUUCCAAAACUUGUGGGACGAAGCCAGCGCCAUGAAGGCAGAAGCGAUUGAAGCAUAA